ACUCUUUUGGUGGUUUAAAACGGCAAAAAAAAAAAAGUGUAGUUUAAUUAAAUAAAAAAACUAACAUUUUUCCAAGGUUAAAAAUUGUCAAAAAAAAGUGUAAAUUGUGUGCGGCACCAGAAUCAGAUCUCAUGAUUUUCCGAUGUAUAAAAAAAAAAAUCAGAUCUCAUGCCAUCUAGUACUCCUAUUUCCUAUAUAUGCGGUUAUUAGUUAUAAUUAAAACACGGAAAAGACUGUCUCUCCCCUCGGUCAUUUUGAACGAAGAAAAACAGUUUCUGCCUAAUGUGCAGCGUGCGAGCGUUACUGGUGGUCUUGCUGUUCACCCUUUCACUCCCACGAGGUUGCAGUAACAGAGAGCAAAACCAGGCAUGUCCCCCUUCAUCCUGCGGCAAAAUCCUGGACAUAAGUCAUCCUUUUCGGUUGAAAAGUGACCCACAACACUGCGGCCACAAACAGUACGAGCUAGCUUGUGAAGACAACGUGACAGUGUUGUCUCUGUACUCAGCAAAAUAUCAUGUGCAGGGCUGCAGGCUAUCAACUACAACAAUUACACGAUCUGAGUGGCUGAUCCAGGAAUUCAGCAGGCCAUUCUCUCCUCCAUUCCUCACUAUUUUUUGUUUCAAUCCAAUUUCUGCGCUACGUAUGAUAACGGUCUCAGCUGCGCGGAUCCAUAUCAUGCCGUUGCCCUAAUGACUCCUCUGGAAUAUGAUCAACUUCUUUUUAAGCAUGUUGUUUACGUCAACUGUACUCAUCCAGUAACUCACAAUCCUACAUAUGUGGAUACUGUUCCUUGGGUGAACUGGUAUUCCGGAGGUUACGUUUACGCCAUCGCAGGUGACUUAACAGGGGGGAAUUUUGAAGUUGACUGCCGUGUGAAGCUGGUUUCUCCCACAUCUUGGUGGGGUCUGGACGGAAACAAAAUUUCCUAUGCUUUGAUUCACAGGGCUCUGGUCUAUGGAUUCGAGAUUUCAUGGAUGCAUCUUUCCUGUGAGGAAACUUGCAGGGGUUCAAGUUACUGCUUUUUCAACUCUUCCGGCCAGAAACUUCACUGUUCGCACAUCUGCUCUUCUUUUCUGGGAUAUUGGACCCCUGAUAGAUGCGGGAGAUGGACUCAGCUGCGUUUUUAUGUCAAAGACACUAUUGUCGCUAUCUUCAUAGGAAUUCUUGAAACAAUAAAAGGACGAAACAACGAUUAUGAAGGUUUUACGAACUACAAAUUAGGAUUGACCACGGGACACUAUGUUUUACCAUCAAUUUUGGCUGCAAGAUUUCUUUUUGGGGUGACAUUUUUUUUGGCACUUUUGAUACAUAAAUGGAAAAAAAGACAUUUGUCAAUGUUUGAAAAUAUUGAAGUAUAUCUACAACAAAGUCACCUUGUGCCUAUUCGAUACUCACACAAUGAAAUAAAAAAGAUGGCCAAAGGUUUCAAAGAAAAGUUGGGUGAAGGUGGCUUUGGCACUGUGUUCAAGGGGAACCUUCGUAGCGGGCCAUGUGUGGCCCUAAAAAUGUUGGCAAAAUCAAAAGGUAAAGGGGAAGACUUCAUCAAUGAAGUAGCAACCAUUGGAAGGGUGCAUCAUUUGAAUGUGGUACAACUAAUUGGAUUUUGUAUUGAGGGAUCAAAACAGGCUCUUGUUUAUGAAUUCAUGUCCAAUGGAUCUCUUGAUAAAUUUAUUUUCUGCAAAGAAGGAAGUAUACAUUUAAGCCUUGAAAAAAUAUGUAGUAUAGCAAUUGGAGUAGCUCGUGGGAUUGCUUAUCUUCACCAUGGGUGUGAGAUGAAGAUUUUGCAUUUUGAUAUCAAGCCCCACAACAUCUUACUAGAUGAGAACUUCACCCCGAAGAUCUCUGACUUUGGAUUGGCCAAGCUAUAUCCAGUAGAUAAUAGCAUUGUCACAAUGACUGCAGCAAGAGGAACAAUUGGGUACAUGGCUCCGGAAUUGUUCUACAAAAAUAUUGGUGGUGUGUCUUAUAAGGCUGAUGUCUAUAGCUUUGGAAUGCUUUUGAUGGAGAUGGCAAGCAAUAGGAAAAAUCUGAAUCCCCAUGUGGAGCAUUCAAGCCAACUUUACUUCCCCUUCUGGAUUUAUGAUCAGCUUGGAAAACAGAAUGACAUAGAAUUGGAAGAUGUUAAAGAGGAAGAAAUGAAAAUAGCGAAGAAGAUGAUCAUGGUCGCGCUUUGGUGCAUACAAUUGAAGCCCGAUGAUUGCCCUUCAAUGAAGGAAGUAGUGGAGAUGCUUGAAGGAGAUGUUGAAAACCUUGAAAUGCCUCCGAAGCCUUCUUUGUAUCCACAUGAAACAAUUGCAGGGGAUCAAGGAAGCAACUCUGAACAGACAACGCUGAGUGAUUUCAUUAGUUCUUCUAUUGAUCCCGUGGAAAUUGUAGCUGAUAGUCAGGUAGCAGGUAUAGCUUGACAUUGCAUGUUCGUAAUUAUUUG